GCUGGGGUAGUUGCGUGGGUUGCACGAGAGAGAGAAACUGGGUCAGGCAGACUCGAGGCAGGCCGAGUCAGGCCGAGGCUCGAGAGUCGUCCAGGCGUUUUCGGCUGGAAGCAGUCCCUUGGAAACCACCCCGAAGCCCGUCGUCGCUUCACCAGUCUAUCGUCGAUCCAUCCUCCAGUCCUUCUCUACCGUUUACAACAGCUUCAUCCCCUUGCGAGCGCGAGCGAGAUCGAAGUAUUCGUACUCCAACUAUCCCACGAGGAGAUAGCAAGGAAUCGGGACUGAGGCGAGGGGCACAAGCAGAGACAUGGACAAUGUGCAAAUGAUCGGCACUAAAAUCACAGCGAUCAAGGAAUACUUAUAUAAUUUCGCCCGGACACACUCACCAACCAGACUAAUGAGUUCCGAAAACACGUACUCGCUCUCUAGGGAGCACUGUAACUUGAAAUAUUCGGAUAUCCUGCCGCAGAAUGCCGAAGGUUAUCCAGCAACCAAGGAAUUCCUGAUGAAGGUAGUGGAUAUUCUAUUGGAUUUCAUCAAAUCAACGAAUGACAGGACUGCGAAGGUACUCGAUUUCCAUCAUCCUUCCGAAAUGAUGCGCCUCCUGGAUCUCGAAAUUCCCGACUCUGGUUUGACUCUUCAGCAACUUCUCAUUGAUUGUUCCACCACCUUAAAGUAUCAAGUUAAAACUGGUCAUCCUCAUUUCUUCAAUCAAUUAUCCUGCGGUCUUGAUAUCGUCUCGAUGGCUGGUGAAUGGCUGACAGCGACAGCCAACACGAACAUGUUCACCUACGAAAUUGCGCCGGUGUUCAUUUUGAUGGAGCACGUGGUGCUUCAGAAAAUGAGGGAGCUCAUUGGUUGGAACGGUGGUGAUUCUAUCCUUGCACCAGGAGGUUCCAUCAGCAAUCUUUAUGCUUUUCUCGCUGCUAGACACAAAAUGUUUCCCGCUUACAAGGAACGAGGCCUCGCUGCUAUCGGGGGACAGCUAGUUAUGUUUACGUCUGACCAGUGCCAUUAUUCGGUGAAAUCAUGCGCCUCUGUCUGCGGACUGGGAACGGACAACUGUGUGAUGGUUCCCAGCGAUGAUCGAGGACGCAUGAUCCCAUCGAAGUUGGAAGAAUUGAUUCUGGAACGCAAGGCUAGAGGACAUAUCCCCUUCUUCGUGAACGCUACCGCAGGAACGACCGUCAUCGGAGCAUUCGAUCCUAUUCCAGAAAUCGCUGAUAUUUGCCAGAGACACAAGCUCUGGCUACACAUCGACGCGGCUUGGGGUGGUGGACUGCUUCUUUCAAGAAAAUACAGACAUCCCCGAAUGACAGGAAUCGAACGAGCCGACUCCGUAACCUGGAACCCGCACAAACUCAUGGGAGCGUUGCUUCAGUGUUCGACGAUUCACUUCAAGGAGGACGGAUUGCUGAUUAGCUGCAACCAAAUGUCCGCAGAGUAUUUGUUCAUGACAGACAAACUGUACGACGUGAAGUACGACACCGGUGAUAAGGUGAUUCAAUGCGGACGUCAUAAUGACAUCUUCAAGCUCUGGUUGCAAUGGCGAGCCAAGGGUACAGAAGGAUUUGAGAAACACAUGGACCGGCUGAUGGAACUCUCAGAGUACAUGGUCAGGCGGAUCAAACAGAUGCCUGAUAAAUAUUAUUUGAUACUGGAACCUGAAAUGGUGAACGUCUGCUUCUGGUAUCUUCCAAUACGCGUUCGGAACAUGCCACAUACUCAGGAGAGGAUCAAGAUCCUUGGAGAUAUUUGCCCCAUUUUGAAAGGCCGAAUGAUGCAAUCUGGAACACUGAUGGUCGGCUACCAGCCGGACGAUCGACGACCCAAUUUCUUCAGAAAUAUUAUCUCGAGUGCCGCGGUAACGGAAGCGGACGUCGACUUCCUAUUGGAUGAAAUGGACCGAUUAGGCCGUGAUCUGUAAGAAACCCGCCCGUUCUAAUUAGUUGCGUAAUCAGUUGCCGCAAUGCAGUUGAUUAUAUCGCGACAUCGUAUCGAAAGUGUUUCCAGCUGAUAUUAGAAAUUCAUUUAACGAGCAGGAGAAUCGCGUCGCGUUUCAUUACGUGUACAAAAUUCGGAGGCCAAAUUCGAGACUCGCAUUCAUGAUUACUAACCUAAGCAGUGUGCACCGGCUCUCUCCUUUUCUCUUGUAGACCAAGAAAAAUAUUCGUUGUUUUAUUUUAUUUCUUUUUUUAAUGAAAACUUUUAGGUUUAAUUCAAAAAAUUCUUUCGAAAAAUUAAAUAAAGGAUACGUUUUUAUUCACAUCAAAGAAUAUCUGUUUUACUUAAAUUAAAUUAAAUUUCACUUGAGAAAAAUUUUGUUGAAAUUUCUAUCGCUACUAUCCAGAGCUUAACUUCAAUUUGGAUUUUUGGCAUAAUAAGUGCGUCUAGGGAAAUGGAAAUUAAAAUUAUAAUAGACGAUCGUUUCGUUUGAAUAUUCUCUAAAUGUUCGAGCUUGAAAUUGACGACAGAAGAGAGUCGGUAACCGAAUCAUCGUUCGUAGCACGAGAAACGCUUCUUCAGCAUAUUACAAGGCAGCUACUGAAGAUCGAAGGAUACUCAUAGCAUGUAAGUUCUCUAGGUGUAAGGUUACAGCACAUCCACGAAACGAAGAAUCAAGUUACAAAGCUCUAGCGAUGCUUCCGGCCGUAAAUGUUACUAGUUUUCACCCCUUGGCGCUAUACCUAUUCACUAGAAAAGAAAAGGGAAACGAAGGAGUAGCAACGACGCGUUUUCAUCAUAGAUUGAAACAAUAGUAAAAUAUAGUUAAUCGCGCUUAUAAUGACCGAGAGUUCGUUUAAUUAAUAUUUUAUUUCUUAGUGAAAAUACAUGACAUACGCGCUGCAACAGUUGGCUCCGUAUCAGAACGUUAUUGAGAGUUACAGGAUUUAGAAAGAAGAUAGUCGAAAAUUGAUUUUGAUUACAUCAUUAACGUUGCGUAUGCCUCACAGGGAGGCAAUAAGUAAAAUAAAUAUAUUACGAGAAUAGUCACGAACGGAAAAAGAAACUCAGAAGAACAUUGAAUUAAUUAAAAAUUCGUUCGAAGAGAACGAGAUAGAUGUACAAAAUAUUUUUACUUGCAUCGGUACACUGCGGAGUAAUAUAGAGAUAAAAAAUGAUAUUAGUUCGCUUAGAAAUGAUGCGCGUUACUUUGUUGAGAGACUAAAUGAAUUUGUUAUUUAUUGAUCGUUUGCAAAGCUAUAAAAUAAAGAGGGCAGGCCUGCAUACAUUAUUAUUAUAUACAAAACGUACGUAUGUUAUUAUUUAUUAUUGAAGAAUUUCACCACUAACGGAGAGUAAUAUUUAUUAAUAUACAUUAUAGGAAACUUGAAAAAGAAGUAUAAAUGUAUUUGAAACUAAAAAAAAAGCAUAAGUAUAUAUAUAAAGAACAAAGCGUAUAUUAUAUACAAUAUAAAUAUAUAUAUUUAGCGUUGAGAUUUUAAAAUACAAAACACAAACCCAUGAAAGUACAUGCUUUUUCAAGUAUUCGUGCGAACGGUUGUCAUUUAGUUCGUCGAUUACCUUUAUACACUGUUGGAAACUGAUCUUAUUACGUAUUUGGUAAAGAAAUCUCUUAUUAGAAAUUAGUUCCGUAGUUUCGAAUCGCGUUCCCGUCUUUCACCUAACUUUUUAGGGGGACACUAUCGAUCGUUAGCUUCAUCACUUCUCACACGUUGAUUCAUUUCGUUAAUACAAAAAGGAGAAAACAUAAAAGAGAGUUGCGUCAUUUUAAUUACAAAAUUUCGGUAUUUUUGCCUCCUUUGAAACGACGAAAGAAAUAUCAAUCUGUUCGACAAUGAAAAUAAAAAAAAAGACAACAUUUAAGAACCGAACGACCCUAUAUAAAUUUUUCGAUUCACUCGCCAUUGAGUAAAAGAACGAAGAUGUCUUUAAACUUAAGUAAAUACAAAAUAUCUAGGUGUAUAUUAAUAAGGGAGACCUAAAAUGUAUUUAUUGUAAACCUACGAAUUUACUCGACGUUUUCAUUUCCCGUCGACACUUACCGAGCCGUCGAUAGAUCUUUUUCCAUUCGCAAGAAACUCGAGAACGAAUGAGAACAAAAUAAUAAAACACAGGAUAGAAGACAAAGUAUAUACAGAGGCGGGAAAGUAACGUGAUAAGAUAAAGGGUCCCAUGCGAUAUUGUUUAAAUCGUAGAACAUUAUCGACAUUCCUGUUACGCAUGAUUCGAGUCAACUUUUAAUAAUAUUCAUCUAAAGCUGACGUGAGAUAGAAUUUGCGAAUUGUAAUGUAAAAUCGAAACGAUAUCAUGAUGCAUUAGACAAUACUAGGGGAGCAGAGGGUAUGUAUUUUUGAAGAAAAAAAAGGAAACAAAUGAAUGACGUUUAUCUGACCACGAUUACCGAUACCUGCAGAAGAGACAUUCUAUCGAACCGUUGUUGUUAAUUGUCCAUAAUUUUAUCAGCGUUAUAAAUUUUUUUAAUCACCAGUCGUUGAUACUGCCGACUGAAUGGCUGAUUUUACUUCGACGAAUUCACUCGUAUUCUAACGUAAUUAAAGAGGACACAGAGAAAGACAUUAUCAUAUAUACACACAGCAUAUGCACGUAUAUUAAAAAGUUUAGUCAAAGGUACUAUAUUUCUACAGGUAAAGGAAUUAUACAAUGACACUAUCUAAGUAGAGAAAAAUCUCGACCCUUUGAUCUGCAUACAUAUUACACGUACAUUUGGCGAAUCUAUAAACUUCACAUUGUUGUGAAUAUAAACGUAAGAAGUAUACCUUUGCCAUAUCAGUGCCGUUAAUUUAACGACGGUUUUGUACAUUAUUCUUGUGCCCAUUUCUUCUUAUAUCUUGACGAAUCGAAGAUUUGUAAAUAGAAAGCCGCGGAAUACGUUCCCUUCUAUAUUUCUUAGCACUCGUUGUACCAAUAUGAAAAUUAUUUGAGAAUUAUUAAAGAAAAAUGAUUUAUGACACUAAAACGUGUCACAUUCUAUUCUUGUGACAUUGUUACUGUAUAUUCUACGCUGUUGUACUUUAUUGUUAUUCGCUACACAAUUUAAUGUCUUGUUAUAUAUACAUAUAUAUGUAUUUUAGUUCUACAAACUUUGAAGAACUUUGGCGUUCUAUAAACUAUGCACUAAUGCACCUUCCAAUGCACUUUUUAAUGCACCUUUCAUGCAAGCGCACGCAAUCGACAGAAAAUUAUAAGUUUAACGAGAAACAUAUAAAUAUCCUUUCUUUCAUUUGAAACUAGAGAACCGACGAAAUCGGCACAAGUAUAAUUAACGUUGGUCAAUUCCUUUCCUUGUGAUUUAUCAAACUGGCCCAGGGUGAUCUCAUUAACCCUGUGACCUCGUUAUCGUUAAUUAUUAGUCUAAGUUGGAGCGAGGAGAGCAGCAACAAAAUCCGACGUCUUCCAAAUGAGAAAGAAGGAAAGAUCGAAGAGUAUUAUCGGUAUUUAGAGAUGCCUCGCGAUUCGUGAAAGCAGCUAUCCUUAUACAUUGUACGUAAUUAAGCAAAAAACAAGAGAAAAAGAAAGAAAACAAGAAAUACAUUUAUAUACAUACAAAUAGGUGAGAAGAUAAUUAUAUAUAAAUAUGUAUAUGUGUAAACGUGUGUGCAAAACUCUCCUGGCGGUAAUACGAGCGAAAGAAUAUGGAUUAUACGUGGCGUUAUAACGAUGAUUGCUGGCACGUCGUGAUCUUGUUGUACGACAAGUACCACCUAAUUGACCCUAUUAUCCACUGUAUAUCAAUGUCUAAUAAACUGCUGUUAUCCCAAA